GCUCUUCGAAAGCUAUCCCCCUUUCCUCUCCUCCCAUUAGAAUUCAAAUUGUGUUUGCAAUCGUUUCUCUACGUCUGCACUUGCAUACAUAAUGGCUGAUAUCCUUAUCACCCUCCUCGUUGUCCCUGUUAUUGACCAGGCACUCUCUAGAGUUGCUUCGCUGCUCGACAGUAGAAUCAGACAACUCUGGAAUUUGAAGGCGGAGCUGGAGACGCUGCAGCAGAGGCUCAAAUUGAUGAAAUCUGUGCUCAUAAAUGCAGAUCAAAUGCAAAGUGAUGAAGGCACAAGGGGUUGGCUGCAGAGGAUCCAAGAUGCAGCUGAUGAUCUGCGGGUUCUGCUGGAUGAGCAUGCAUAUGGAGUUCACCGGCAGAAAGGUCGGAUUCAAAGCCAAUUCAAGAAACAGGUGCACAAUUUCCUUUCUCCCUCCAAAUCCAUGCUUAGCAAAAUUAAGGAGAUUAAUGUGUCUUUCGAUGGCAUUGUACGAGACUCAGAGAUUAUUACACUGAUAAAAGACAACCAAAAUCGUGAAGCUCCUAGGCUAGAAGAAGCUAAUGAGUCAUUCUAUAAUUCUGAAGUUUUGGGAAGGGAUGCUGAUGUCUCAAAAAUUGAAAGUUUGCUGGAUGAGUUGAGCCAGGAGCAUCGCCUCUCUGGCCUUUCCAUAGUUGGCAUGCCAGGUGUUGGAAAGACAACAUUAGCUAGAUCAAUAUAUGUGAGGGCAAGGGAAAAUCACCCCUCCAGUCUGGUGGCCUGGGUGCCGGUACGUAAGGAUCUUAAAGAAGAGAUGAUUUUAGGACAGAUGUUGCAAUAUCUUGAUAGCCUUGCUGCUGGAAUGACAGAGAUCGGUCAAAUACUUCAUCAUCUUAAACCAAAGUUAGAAAAUAAAAAAAUUCUUCUCAUCCUUGAUGGUGUAUGCAAUGAAGAAGAUGCUCGGGGGUUGAAAGAGUUCAUCUCUCGUCUGCCACAAAGGUUCAAAACUGCUAGGAUCUCUGUUGUCAUAACAACUAGUAAUAAAGAGGUAGCUUCAAUAAUGGACACAAUUCCUUUGCAUAAGCAUGAAUUGCAAAAGCUAUCAGAUGAUGCCUGCUGGUUGAUAAUGGAGGAGAAUUUUCUCAGAUCGUCCAAUGGAACUCCAAUAGAAGAUCCACAGUUGUUGCUUAUUGGAAAAGCUAUUGCAAAACAGUGUGGCGGUUUGCCAUUAGUUGCAGCUGUCUUUGGCAAACAUUUGGGCGUUCAUAUUGGGGUAGAUGAGUGGUCAGCUAUCAGAGAUGAUAAGGCAUGGCAUGCACCACAUAGACAGGAGAUUCUGUCUCAACUGAAAAAAGGUUAUGAUCAGUUGCCUCCGCAUUUGAAAAGAUGCUUUUCUUUCUGUUCAAUUUUUCCAAAAGAAAAAAUUGUUAAAAUUAGUAGAGAUGAAUUAGUUCAGUGUUGGAUGGCUAAUGGGUUUCUUUCCAAAUCUAAUGACGGCCAAUCUGAUAAAGAAGAAGAUGUUGGUAACAGGUACGUCAAUGAUUUGGUAUCCAAUUACUUAUUGGAAGACGUGGAGAUGGAUGAGUGCGGGAAUAUAAAGUUUUGCAAGAUGCAUGAUGAGGUGCAUAAUCUUGCAUUGCUUUCAGCAAAAUGUGAAACAUAUAUUUGGCCAGAUACCCAUCCAGUUGAGGAGAGUAUUCGGCAUAUGAGGGUUCAGUCUGCUGAAAAACUUCAAGAUGUUCCAGAAGGUGUUGCUCAAAGGUUGCGCUCUUUGUUCUUGGAUGUUGAUAUUUUGUGCCUGAUGCCUAAGAAGUUCGGAGGUUUGCAAUCUUUAAAGCUAGCAGCUGCUGAUGCAAAUGAGUUGGAAUCUGCUCUUGGCGGAUUGAAAUAUUACCUGAAAUACCUUGACAUAUCAGGAAGUGCAAUUAAGAGACUACCAAAAUCUGUCACCAAGCUCUACAAUUUGCAGACUUUGAGAUUCACAGGCUGCAAUUCAUUGGAAAAGCUCCCAAGUGGUUUUGAAAAUCUAGUCAGCUUGAGGCAUAUUUAUUUUGAUGAUGAAAGGCAUGUGCCAAGUAGCAUUGGGAAAUUAGCUUCUCUUCAGACUUUACCGCUAUUUGUUGUGGGCACAAAAAAGGGUCGGAGAAUUGAAGAGCUUGGAAAAUUGAAGGAACUCAGAGGAAAACUGAAAAUUUGCAAGCUUGAGCUAGUACCUCAAUCAGAGGCUAGUAAAGCAAAACUUAAAGAUAAAGGAAAAUUGAUCAAGUUGCAAUUUGUAUGGAGUAAAAACAGAGUCAACAGCAACCAAGAUAUGGGUGUUCUGAAAGGUCUUCAACCUCCCUCAACAUUGAAAAGCUUAACCAUUGAGAAUUAUAGGGGAGACAACUGCCCUUCAUGGAUGAUGAAUUUGGAACAGCUUGUGAAGUUGAAAUUGAUUGAUUGUGAUGAAUGUGGUGAUAUUUCAUGCCUUGAAAUCUUACCUCAGCUUAAGGUUCUCAAUAUAAAGGCAAUGCCAAAUGUGAAGAAGAUAGGCAAAAUGUCUUAUCAUCGAAACAGCAGCAUGGCAAGCAGCAGCCAAGGUGGGGGACAAUCAAUAAAACCAUUUCCAGCUUUGAGAAAACUCAAGUUAAGUAACAUGACACAGCUGGAGGAAUGGACAGGGGCACAAGACAUGGUCGUGUUUCCUUGCCUUGAGGAGUUGCAUAUUGGGGAUUGCCCAGAGCUCAAAACAUGGUGUGCAAGCAACAGCCAAGGCAGAGGAGAUUCAAUUACACCAUUUCCAGCUUUGAGAGAACUUACUUUAAGUAACAUGGCAAAACUGGAGAAAUGGACAGAUGCACAAGGCAUGGUCGUGUUUCCUUGCCUUAAGGAGUUGCAUAUUGGAGAUUGCCCAGAGCUCAAAACAUGGUGCGUAAGCAACAGCCAAGGCAGAGGAGAUUCAAUUACACCAUUUCCAGAUUUGAAAAAACUUACUUUAAGCAACAUGACAAAGCUGGAGAAAUGGACAGAAGCACAAGGCAUGGUUGUGUUUCCUUGCCUUGAGGAGUUGCAUAUUGAGGAUUGCCCGGAGCUCAAAACAUGGUGCGCAAGCAACAGCCAAGGCAGAGCAGAUUCAAUUACACCAUUUCCAGCUUUGAGAAAACUUACUUUAAGCAACAUGACAAAACUGGAGAAAUGGACAGAAGCACAAGGCAUGGUUGUGUUUCCUUGCCUUGAGGAGUUGCAAAUUGGGGAUUGCCCGGAGCUCGAAACCUGGUGUGCAAGCAACAGCCAAGGUGAAGGAGAAUCAAUCCUACCAUUUCCAGCUUUGAGAAAACUAACAUUAAGUAAGAUGACAAAUCUGGAGGGAUGGAAAACAGCACAAGGCAUGGUUGUGUUUUCUUGCCUUGAGGAGUUGCAUAUUGGGGAUUGCUCAGAGCUCAAAACAUGGUGCGCAAGCAACAGCCAAGGCAGAGGAGAUUCAAUUACACCAUUUCCAGUUUUGAGAAAACUUACUUUAAGCAACAUGACAAAACUGGAGAAAUGGACAGAAGCACAAGGCAUGCCAAGGCAGAGGAGAUUCAAUUACACCAUUUCCAGUUUUGAGAAAACUUACUUUAAGCAACAUGGCAAAGCUGGAGAAAUGGACAGAAGAACAAGACAUGGUUGUGUUUCCUUGCCUUGAGGAGUUGCAUAUUCGAGAUUGUCCAGAGCUCAAUACAUGGUGGGAAGAUGAAUUUGCAUCUCCGAAUCUCUCUAUACUAGGCAUACAAUCAUGUCCAAACUUGCAGGCUAUCCCAACUGGGCUGUGGAAAUUAACAUCUCUUGAUAUAAAUGAUUGUCCCAAAUUAAUGGGGUAUGCUCAAGAAGACAGCGACAAAUGGUCCUCCAUUUGCCACACUUGUAGUAUCAGAAUCAAUGGGCAGAUGGUGCGAUCCUGAAGAUCUUGAUUUUUCAAAGUGCCCUUUUCAAGUCAACGGUGGAUAAGGAAGAUACAGAUUGAGGAUUGAAAAAAGGAAUAUAUGCCAUACGAACUUUAUUUUACAGAGACAAAGAAGAAAAGAAGUCUCUUCCUAUCAACUUCUGCUUCUCAUUGGCCUUAGGAACUGUCAAAAUAUUCAGUUUUGAUGGAAUGGAAGGUUUGUUAGAAUUGGUUGAGAGACCUCUUUUUCUCCAGGAGCUGAGAACUGGGUUUCACACUAAUUUGAUGCAUCUACUUUUGCCGGGCCAUGCACCCAAUGCCUCUACAACAAACUAAAAUCAAAGGUCUAGGUUCAUGAUUCUUAUGAUUGUUCCAAUCAGAGGAAAGAUGCAUGUGAGGAAGCAUCGGUGAAUGGUCCAAGAUUUUCCUGAAUCCAAGAAUAAAUGGUCUUAUUGAGAAGGUGCAUGUCGUCCCUAAUUGAAGCGUCAAGGCAUGAACUUACUGAUGAUGGAGAUCUAUUCUAGCAUCUGCUUGUAGAAGUAAAAUCAAAUAUAUAUGUCUAUCCAAGCAAAAUGUUCCCACCCUGCAAUUCUUUGAUUUUAUCAAAUGCCGCUCGGAGUUCAUGAAUAAAACUGGUCAUCUUGAUACCUCUCUAAAGGGACGUUUGCAAAAAGCAUCGAGUGAUAUUGAAGCCCUGGUAAUGCUAGAAUUCAUUUUGAAGAUUUUAUUAUUGUUGUAACUCUAUAGUUCCAUAUGGAGAAGAAACUUUGUAGGAAUGUUAUUUCCAAAGCGUAAGUUUCCAUCUGGAUUUCCACGUAAAAGGAUUUUAUUGUGUGGCCGAAGGCUGACGUUCAUAGGAGAUUCAGUGCGAUCUGGAAGUUUGGAAAUUCAUUUUUUUUUAUGGAAUACUGAAUCUUCAUUAACAAAUUUUAAGAAAUACAAGUCUGAUAA